AUGGCAGAAGAUGAAGAUGAAGGUGGUUUUGGUGGUUUAUAUGAAGAUGGGCAUUGGGCGUGGGAUGAGACUACGGAAGAAUUAGUCUUUAUAAGUGAUCUACCUCCGCAACUUAUUGAAGCUAUUCAAAUACCGACCAAGGUGCCAACUGGAACUAUUGAGUUUAGGGAUGACAUUGAUUUAAUUGAACAGAUUCGCUUUCGGCGCCGCUAUCAAAGGAAAUUAAAGCCAGGACAGCCAGAUAUCAUCACUUUACAGGAUGUUAAAGAUAUUGCGUUAUACACAGCACCAGUGAACAUAUUAAGUCCAAUCUUAAUAAAUGCGUUACACAUACCUACUGUGGAGAGGUUCCUUAGAGCGCUAAUCCUCUGUUGUCAGUAUUAUUUGCAGAUAGCGGAUGAAAUGGCAAAUCGCAUUAUAGAGUUGGAGACAAAAGUACGGACACCGCAGGGUGACAUUGUUGAAAGUGAAUUCCGGAACAAUUUAUCGGAUUUAAGGCUUUUAGUAGCUAAGGAAUACAGCACAAUGCUCAUAGGGGGAAGUGAUACAAAAAAAUACCAUCAUAUGGGCCCUUACAAGAAACGUCGGUCUUUAUCUGAUAAAGAUGCUAGACUUUGUGAAACAUUACUACGUAUGUGUGUACAGAUAGUUUGGCUGGCACUGGGACGUAGAGCUUUUAAUCAAAUAGAACUGGAAGUGAAUAGGGUAUUCAAGUCUGAGAUAUUUAACUCCACGGAGCAUACCCUGCAUACUAAUUACAUUGCAAAGAUGGCAAAGGAAGAGAAGGCGGUGCUUCUGGGUCACUGUCUGCGGCACAAUAAGAAGUUGAACACGCGUUCACCUCUUAUCAAUGAAGUGUUUUGCCAUCGUGACAUCGACUAUCGUAUGAUGGGUCUCGGAGUUAUUAAGUGUCCUCAACCAUCGCCAAGACUUCUGUAUUUGAUGCAUACGCUAGCAGGUCCAGAAGAUACUUUUGGCAAAUUUGGAGUUGUUCUUGGAAUUAUUGGAAUGCCGCGAGCCUCCUACGACACAAUGCUACGACCACUGCCGUCUGCUAACGUCGAAGGAAAAUCCAAGGCUUCGAUAUCUUCUCAAAGUUAUUCAUCUAAAAGUAACACGAGUAGCUCAAUGCGAAGAAGUCAGUUGACUAUUAAGAAACAAUAUCCUGAUAUAGUCUUACCUCGAAAAGAUUCAUGGAUUGUGGAGUUUCCGACACAAUUUCCCGAUGAACCCGAGAAGAUUCAACCCUGCAGCGAGACACAGCGUACACGCUGGCAACAAAGACUACAGCGACUUCUUCAUCCACGUUAG